AUGCUUCGGUUUCAUCAUUCAAAGCAGUGGCUUUGGCACUCACCAAAUUUUUUUCCGACUGGUGCAUUUACGGAUGUUAGGCUUGGGAUGGAAAUUUUCGAGCAAAGUGAGAAGUUUCCGGAGUUUCACAUUGGCAGCCACUAUGACUUCCUUGGACGAAGUCGCUAUGAUGGCUGCAUAUCAGAUGACUGGCAUGCAUGGCAUGUUUACGGCAUGAAUUUUGUUUUUCAUACUGAAAUGGCUCUUGAAGAUGUGUUUUAUUCUUUGGUAAAAUUUUGA